UGACGGGCGCUGUGCUGAUUGGCUGCGCGCCAUCUUUGUUACUGGCGGGCUGUCCGGCGGGCGGGCGGUCUGGCGGUGCCCGGCUGUCGCGGGGGGGAGGGGAAGCAGCGCGAGGGAAAAUGGCGGCGCUGAAGGAGGAGCAGAGUUACGCGCUCUCCUGUGGGAAACUCACCUCUGGCAACAACCUCUCGGUUCUUCAUGUUAAACUCACCGACACCGCGCUGCGGGCCCUCGAGGCUUACCAGAACUGCAAGAGUAAUUUGUCUUGCCAGCCUGGAAUUCGCUUUGAAGGAAACCAAGGGCGGAUCACCAUUCCAAGGCCAGAUUGCCCAAAUGAAGUGCGCACAUUCACGUUUUACCUUUGUAAUGUCGGCAGGGAUAAUCCCCAGUGUAGCUUUGACUGUAUUCAGCAGUAUCAAUCCCGCUUUGGUAGUGUGCUGUUAGACUGUCUUGGAGGCAUCCAGGACAAAAUCACUGUGUGCGCGACAGAUGACUCCUACCAAAUGACCAGGGAGCGUAUGACUCAAGCAGAGGAGGAGACUCGAAGCCGUGGCGCGAUAGUUAUUAAACCCGGAGGCCGAUAUAGAGCUAAAAGGGUGCUCUGCAAGCCAGCGCCUGGUAUCCCUGAUGCUGUUCCCCAAAGGAGGCGACCAACACCAGUGAACCUGGCAAAUGCAAUGAAGAAAAACGUCAGCAACGUUUCUAAUCGGCCGUAUCGAGACCGGGUUAUCCAUUUGUUGGCUCUGAAGCCUUACAAGAAACCAGAGUUAAUUCUUCGAUUGCAGAAGGAUGGAAUCACCCAGCAGGAUAAGGACUCUUUGGAAAAUCUCCUACAACAGGUGGCUAAUCUGAAUGUUAGGGAUGGCACCUUUACCCUGAAAGACUUUGCCUACAAGGAGAUCCAGAGAGAUUGGCCUGGGUACUCAGAUGGUGAUCAGCAGUUACUGAAGAGAGUUCUUGUUCGGAAAUCCUGUCAACCCCACAAUGCCACGGGAGGCUCUGGGGAGACGCCUUCAUCGAGUCCAAAGGACAGUGCAAAUUCAGCCUCUCCGCCACAGAAACGAUCGCUACCCAAUGAUUUCAUUGAUCCAUUGGCCAAUAAGAAACCAAGAAUAUCUCUGUUGACGAGCCGGGUUCCACCGACUUUAAAUGGCAGGUUAAAUCCCUCCAAUGGGAAAGAGACGGGAGCUCUGUCAGUCCAGACAGCUGCUGCCGAUUCAAUUAGCUCCACCUCCACCUUGCCAACGUUUGUGGAGAAUCAGAGACCUCACAAUCUUUCAUCAGAAGUCAGCAACGAUUCAAGUCACAACGGCCAGGAUUCAGAAAGCCAGGAGACCCCAGAUCGAACAGUCUGCCCACGACCCCCACAUUAUCCUCAUCCCAGUGCACCUUCACUCCACAUCAAGUCGAAGAAAAAAUCUAAAAAGCACAAAGACAAGGAGCGAGUAAAGGACAAGGAAAGCAGCGAGGAAGGGUGUGGAGAGCGUGUAAGAGACUAUGAGUUUCUUCAGAAUUGCAAGGAGCAGAAGAAAAUUGUUCCACAGAAGGCUGCAGGGUUGAAUGGGAUGUGCAACAGCUCAAGUGUUCCAACAUCGACAUCAGAUGUGCCUGAUUAUUUACUCAAAUAUGCAGCAAUUGAGUCACAGGAGCAGAGACAAGGUUACAAAACUGAUUUCAAUGCAGAGUACAAUGAGUACCGGGACCUGCAUUCCAGGAUAGAGAGCAUCACCAGGCGGUUUACACAACUGGACGCUGAGCUGAAACAGCUCUCUCCUGGGUCUGCAGACUACAAGAGUACUCAUGACCAGAUCUUACAGGAGUAUCGGAAAAUUAAGAAGACAAAUCCCAAUUACAGCCAGGAGAAAUAUCGCUGUGAAUACCUACACAACAAACUGGCUCACAUUAAGAAAUUGAUAGCAGAAUACGACCAGAAGCAGCUGCAAUCCUGGCGUUAGCGUGACUACUUUACCAGCGAGAGAGACAGAGAGGGAGAGCGAUACAGCGAGCAAUUGCAUCUAAUUGUGUUUCCAGCUUCCCCUGUGUGUGUGUGCUUCACAAGAGGAGGAAACUGCACCGACUAAGACCAGCACUAACUUUAAUUAGAGAAACUUGUGGGGAUGGGAGGGGGGACCCCUGUCGGUAACUGUCUAGUGAGGAGAGUUUAGUGUUCUAAAGGACAAAGGCUUUUUAAAAAAAUUGGAAGAUGUACCAAGGACUUGCUGUUCAUUGUGUCCCCUGACUGCUCAAACAAACCAUGUCUUCUCCCCCCUCACCUGACUCUUCAGACUUGUUUAUUAUGUGCCCCUCACCUGACUCUUCAAAUUCUUCCUUCUAGGAAUGAUAUUUUUGCUGCUGUUGCCUUUGUCUGCCUUCUUCACUGUACAAGAUAUGGUCCAAGUGUUAGAUGUAAAACCUGCCAUCCAAAGAGACUGGUUUGAGGGGUUGGCACCCGUAUGUUCAAGCACCGUCUUCCCUGGUUUUGUUUGGCGUUAAAUGCUCUCAUGUUAAGUAUUUAAAGUGUCUGUUCAGAAACAGCAACAACUGCAAAAACUGGUGAUUCUGCAGCAGUCACUUUCUGUUGCCUCACCGGGUUACAGGUAUAAACGACAGCACAUAGUGAGCUGUCUGAGGAUACACCACUCCUUAAGUGUCAGCUGGGCACCUGUUAAUGGUCAUGCUGCAUCUGCUUCUCAAGGUUUGCCUAAUGCUGUAGCUGUGUGAAACUCAAACACCACCCACCAAAUCCAAGAAGAGGUGAAUGAAUGAACUCAUUUAGAAGUGUUAUUUACUGUGAUCAGUUCAACUGUAAAACUGCUACAAUGAAAUGGCAUCUUCUGCCAAUAGGUCAGGUAAUGAUCAAAAAUCAGUGUUCAGUGCUGUGAGCCCCUAACCAGGCAGGAAUGGAUGGAAUCACAAUCAAGUGAUUAUAUCCUUUUCUGUAAUGAGUAAUGUUUUGGCGAUGAUGGGAUCCAGAACUACUUCACUGCCUAAAAGUCACUUCUGUGCCAAUUAUCCCCACAAGAACCUCGCUAAUGGUGCUUUGGGCCUGAGACUAAAUUUUUGUUAUUCUUCACUGUCCCUUUUUCUUCCCUUCCCCCAAGGCAAAUGACAGCUGGUUAUGUCACUAACCUUUGCCUAAGGUAGUCUUGCCUCCCUCUUCCAUGAAGUCCGGAGAUUCAACUGAACUGUGACUAAUACCACCACACCCCAAACCCAGCCAACCCCACUUCACUUUCCCCUGAGCAGCUGCUGGUGAUCUAUGUUUGUGUGAUCCUGAUUUAUGUUAUUUCUGACUCCUGCCUGUUUAACUAGAUUUCUGACAUUAAAGCUGUCACCUGACCCUAAUUUGCACUUGCUAUGCAACCUGGCUUCCACACACUAGUCCUUGUAUUGAGUUAUUGACGUAUGUUGGGAUGUUAAUUUGAACAGUCUAAGAAAAGGCAAUGUAUUUUAACCCAUUGUAACGCACAUUGAGAAAUAUGACUGGUACAGUUUAGUCAGGUUUAAAACAUAGGAGGAUGCAAGGUUCAAAUAGAAUCAAGUGUUAAAUCUUCUUCGGUUUUCUCCCUUUCAGUUUAAGUUAUGGUUCUUCCCUGUCUAAAGUAGUCCACUUCGAUGAAAUGGACAACUUAAAAUCUACAUUGGAAACUAAACAGCAGCUUAAACCUGAACUGGAGACAAAGUAAUGACAUUCUAUUGAAUAUUUCCAAAUUUGAAAAUCGAAAUUGUCAAGUCAAAUUCUUCCUCCCACCUGGUCCUUUCAAUUUUGGUUGUUUUUGUGAUUUAGGAUUCACUUCUCACCAGGUCCUGAAUUCAUUUGCAAACGCCAAGAGCUACUGGAGCUAAUUGAGCCUGGGUCAACUGUAUCUUAUUUUGUUCAGCUUUAAUUGGAUUUCAGUCAGCAACCUGACAUUAAUCCCUACUGCUUGAAAUUUGAUUCACUGAUGAGGUUGAAAUAGCAACAGAUUUGAUCAGUGCAUUUUUGAGAUGUUGGGUGUUAGACAGUUACCUCUUGUGGCUGAGGAAGCAGGUAUCACCUAGGUCCAAAAGUCCAGUCUACACUUUCCAAGCUUCUGUAUGGAUCUAAUUCAUCUUGAACCUGUUAUUUUUCCCUUCCCUAUUUCCUCAGACUUCCACUGCCUGUUUUGAGGGUGUUUGUUUAUUUUGUGCUGAAAUUGUGGGAGAUCUGCAAUCUGUGAAUGUUUGGAGAUAAGGGAGAGGAGACAUUCUGAACAGGUUAACAGCUAUUAAGUGCUGACUUCGCUGUCCCUGGGAGUUUCAAUGGGAUCUUCCAGCUAUGUCUUGCACAAUCCUUUGAGUAUUUUUAAUUUAUUUAAAGAUUUUUUUAAAGUUGGAGCUGUUAAUUGUUUUCCCAGCAAGGGCUCAGUUUUCAUUUUUUUUCUAUUUCAGUAAAUGUCAUUACUUUCCUUGUUAAACAGCAACAGGGUCAGAUCCUCUACUGCAGUCCACACUGGAGAGGAUUGUAUAUUCAAGGCUGAAAUUGGAGUUCAGAAACAUGUGGCUAAGUUCUGACUAUGUACUACAGAUGCCAGUGAGAACUGUAUUUGCAGGAGGUUUAAAGGGUGCAAUAUUUGACUGAUUGUGGGGAUUAGUGAGAAUCAGCUCCUUGAAUAUGAGGAUAACUUAAACAAACGUGACACUUGCCCCUUUACUCAGAGGACAGCAGAAUGGCUGUCAUACCAGUCCUAGCUUGCCCAGUGUUCUAGCUGCGUGGAAUGAAUGCCUAAACAUCAAGUUACAUACAAACACGGGCACAUUUUAACUGAAUGUAGACGUCCUGGGUCCCAUAUAAUGCCAACAGAUUUAACAUAUUCAGGGAGGGUAAAACUGGGAGGUGUCUGGGAGCUGACCAUUUGGAGGAACAUUGAGUGUCGUCAAGUAUUGCUUCAAUGAAAUGUAUGUCCUCCCCUGCUGUUUCAGCAUUGUCCCAACCCCUGACCCCCAAACUGCACCAUGCUCUUCCUCUGUCUGCCAGCCCUGCUCUGUGCCCUGUUUAUCCCCAGUCCCCAUCAUGCUUAGACCCUGUUCACACUGAUAGCCUCCCCAUCUGUCUAGUCAGGUCCAGUGACCUGUCCAGCUGUAUCACAGAUAUUCUCCUGGUAAUAUCAUCCCAAGCUAAAAUCUUCAAGUUGCAACCAAACUGUAAUAUUCCAAAUCUGCUAAAGCCUGGACAGCUGCUUCUGACAUUGACAUCUAUAUUCUAAUAUCUAAUUUACUAAAUGGAUAAGUUGAGUUUAAACAGGAGCUAAUUUCAGAGGGUGCAUGGUAUCACUAAUGCUGGGAAUGUGCCUAAAUCCAGAAGACUUUGAAAUAUUGGUGCAUUUUUGCACUGCACCCCGUAUCUUGUGAAAAUAUCAGACCAGCUCACUGGUGUUUCAGUCUCCACCCACUCCCUCUCCUCCGUGUUCUCUAACCCACUCACCACCAUCAACACCACCACCACCAUCUCUUCCUCCUCCAUCUCCUUCUCCUCCUCCUUCUUCUCUUCUUUCCUUCCCUCCUUUUUUUCCCUCCUCUCUGCCCCUUUUCUUCCCUAUCCCCUGCCUCCUCUCCCUCCCCAUUUUCAAUCAUUCCCCCCACCCUGUUACUUUUCCCUCGGUGCAUAUACCUGUUCAUCCUUCUGUCCGUCAGAUAUUCCUGAUGCCUAGUGGGUAGCACAUUUUGCCUCUGAGUGAGAAGGUUGUGGGGUCAAGCACCAGUCUAGGACUUUAAUACGUAUCUCGGCUGAUGCUGGAGCAGAAAUGAGUGUGCUGCACUGUUGAGGGUUUGCUCUAGUGAGAGGUCCAACCCAGCUGUUGCACUCUAUUGAAAACCAAACGAAUGAAUCAUCUCCCUUGAUAAUGUUUGUGGGAUGUUAUUGUGUUCCCCCUGCUUGCGUCACUACACAUCAGUGUAUGUCCCUGCUUGGGGUGUGCCUGAAAUUUAAGAGUGCUUGUUCUCUUAACUGACCUUUGUGUUACUAGAAGAUUAGAAUAGUGCUGCUGUUCCUUCCCCUCCUGUUUCACAGCUCGGGCUAGAGGUUUGCACCACGUGACCUCCAGUAAUGGCCAAUUCCCAAAGAGAAGGUGGCGAACACUGGGUAUGGUAGAGGGUGAUUCAGGUUUUUUUAAUCUUCCUCGACUUGUAUUUGUUGGCGUACAGGGAUUGGUGGGAGGAGUUCUGUGUGCAUACAGUAAAUGGGUCAGUAUCUGUCUGGAAGGAUUAGGAAACGAGUUUGGUUUGGUGGUGCCUGUCCUGUUUUACUUUUUGGUUUUUGGAUAACCAGCAUUCAAAGUUUUAUUCUUCCAUCCUCGUGUCUCAAAGAGAUUUCUCGUUUGUGAUUUAUCGAAUGAACCAGGAGGCUGAGCGGCAAGGUUGGCAUCUGCUACCUUGCCACUCCCUGCUAACUCUCUGUCCAGUGUUACAAUAACAGAAAUUCCUGGAGGAAUUUCUGGCAGCAUGUGUGGAGGGAAAACCCAGUUAAUAGUUCUGAAGAAGGAUCACUGGACCUGAAACUUUAACUCUGCUUUCUCCACAGAUACUGCCAGAUCUGUUGUUUCUCCAGCAGUUUCUGUUUCAGAUUUCCAGCAUAUGCAGCUCUUUGUUUUUUUUAAUCACAGUGUUACAAUAUCAGUUCCACCCAAGUUGGAGAGAAUAUUUCUGAAUUUAAAAAAAUUAAACAUUUUUGAACCUUCUGGAGUUUAAAUAAAACUAUUUUUUGAGAACAGUAUAUAUAGAUGUCAGAUUAAAAUGUUUCUACACUCUUAAUAUUUUUGAGUGAACUUGUAUAGCUAAGGAACUGAUCAUGGAAUUGUACAUACCAAGGAAUACAAGCUAGUAUGACUGUAGAGUUAUAGAAUAUUUAAUGAUUAUAUGUAUAAGUAUUA